AAAACAAACAACUCUCAAGUCAUGAGGAAACAGAGCCUGUGAGAAGUGAAGAUGAAAGUAAACUGCAGAAAGGUAACCUGCUGCAUCAUCAGGAUGGAAUGGACAGCUUAGAGAUGCAUGAACUCAACUCCAGAAAACCUCAGGAGAAAGGCAAGAAGAACUCAGGAUCCAGCUCAGUUAUUCCAGCAAUUGCCUUGUCAGCAAUGGGAGAUGGGACAGUGCAAACAGAGACUGAGGAUCCGCAGGUGGCUGAGCAAACCUACUUCAGUAAAGGAACAGUCCCAUUGAGAAGUGAAGGAGAAAGUAAACUGCAGAAAAGUGACCAGCUGCAUGAUCAGGAAGGAACUAAAAGUCCAGAGCUACAUGAACUGAAUUCCAGGAAACCUCAGGAAAAAGCCAGGAAGGACUCCGGACCCAGAAUGACAAAACAGUUCCUACGACAGCACUGUAAGGAGCAGAAGCUCUACCAGACACCUUACCUGAAUGACACACUCUAUUUGCACUUUAAAGGCUUCUCCUGCAUUGAGAAUCUGGAGGAGUACACUGGCCUGAGGUGCCUGUGGCUGGAGAGUAAUGGAUUGUUACGGAUUGAGAACCUGGAUGCUCAGACUGAGCUGCGUUGCCUCUUCCUGCAUCAAAACCUCAUUCAUAAAAUAGAGAACUUGGAGCCACUGCAGAAGUUGGACUGUCUCAACCUGAGCAACAACUACAUCAAAAGCAUUGAGAAUCUCUCCUGCCUGCCAGCACUCAAAACACUGCAGCUGGCUCACAACCGUUUGAGCACAGUGAAAGACAUUGAACAUCUUAAACAGUGCCCUAGCCUGAGUGUCCUUGACCUCUCGCACAACAAACUGACUGACCCUGACAUCAUCACUGUCUUUGAGGUGAUGCCUGAUCUGAAUUCGCAGUCCGAAGUUGUUGAACUCCGCGUUGAGUCCAGAGGCUGUGAAGUACCCAAUCAGAAG